CUGGCAAAACAAACACACCUUUCAGUAACCCACGCAGAUUUGAACGUGUUGUUUGCUGGUCCUGCAUUUUCAUCUUCAUUUCAAAUAACUAUGCGUCUUUCUCUAUUUCUUCAAGCAAAUUCCUCUCUGUUUUCUAUCUUCACCUCCAAGCCUGGAACACCUCUCCAUUCUCUUCUCUAAUAGCCUACUUUCUAAGUAAACUCCUCAAUUCAACUACUGCUUAUACGACAUCCCAACCAAAUACACACUCCCCAUAAAUACUCCCUUUUCUCUCUCUUUUGGACUGACCCUUUACACCCUUUUCGGUUUUUAUUUCAGAUUUCUCUCUGGGGCUACAAAACAUGAACCUAUCCAUUUGGUUUUUGCUUCUGCUGCUUGUUUUUGGCUUUAAUGACAGAAUUUAUGCUCAUCAAAGACCACGCACAGAGCGGAUUUCAGGAAGUGCUGGUGAUGUUUUGGAAGAUGAUCCAGUGGGAAGGUUGAAAGUCUAUGUUUACGAGCUUCCAAGCAAAUACAACAAGAAAUUGCUACAGAAAGACCCCAGAUGUAUCACCCAUAUGUUUGCUGCAGAGAUCUUCAAGCAUAGGUUUCUCUUAUCCAGCCCAGUUCGGACCCUUAAUCCUGACGAUGCGGAUUGGUUUUAUACUCCUAUAUACCCCACUUGUGACCUUACACCUACUGGCUUGCCAUUGCCCUUCAAAUCUCCAAGGAUGAUGAGAAGUGCAAUACAGCUUAUCGCCACCAACUGGCCUUACUGGAAUCGCACGGAAGGGGCUGAUCACUUCUUUGUUGUGCCCCAUGACUUUGGAGCCUGCUUUCACUAUCAGGAAGAGAAGGCCAUCGAACGGGGGAUUCUUCAAUUACUCCAGCGUGCUACUUUGGUUCAAACUUUUGGACAGGGGAAUCAUGUGUGCUUGAAAGAAGGUUCAAUUAUAAUUCCUCCAUAUGCUCCCCCUCAAAAGAUGCAGGCCCACCAGCUUCCCCCAGACACUCCACGAUCCAUCUUUGUCUACUUCCGCGGUUUGUUUUAUGAUGUAAAUAAUGAUCCAGAAGGUGGUUAUUAUGCAAGAGGUGCUAGGGCAGCUGUUUGGGAGAAUUUCAAGAACAAUCCUCUCUUUGACAUCUCGACGGAACAUCCAACCACAUAUUAUGAAGAUAUGCAACGAGCUAUAUUCUGCUUGUGCCCCCUCGGUUGGGCACCAUGGAGUCCAAGAUUAGUUGAAGCAGUGGUGUUUGGGUGCAUUCCUGUGAUCAUAGCAGAUGACAUUGUUUUACCCUUUGCAGAUGCUAUCCCAUGGGAGCAAAUAGGAGUGUUUGUGGCAGAAGAAGAUGUCCCAAAGUUGGAUAAAAUCCUAACAUCUAUGCCAACAGAGGUGAUUUUAAGGAAGCAAAGGCUUCUUGCAAAUCCUUCAAUGAAACGAGCAAUGCUAUUCCCACAACCAGCACAGUCAGGAGAUGCUUUUCACCAAAUACUAAAUGGGCUAGCUCGCAAAUUGCCCCAUGACAAGAGGAUUUUCCUGAAGCCUGGUGAAAAGAUUUUGAAUUGGACAGCAGGACCCGCAGGGGACUUGAAACCUUGGUAGGUGAGACUGUUGCUUCGCCAGUGGAAACUAUAUUCUCAUACAUCCACUGUUUCUGCAAAUAGGCCUGAGUUGUAUCGAGAAUUUGAGAUGAGAAAGGUGUUAUAUUCUAUACCAAAAUUUGUAAACCUCUCAUUGAAAUUUUGAUCUUGUAGAGAUGCUUUACCUUUUUAUUCUGUACAUCUGAAUAUUAUAAAGUAGUUGAUGCGCUACCUUCUCAUUA